AUGAGUGACACUAGAAAGCGAAGCAGCAUCUGGCUGCAGUUUAAAGAUAUUGGGAACAAGAAAGCAGAGUGCCUUCACUGCAAAACGAAGGUCACUAUAAGAGCAGGUUCCACCACAAACCUGCAUAGACAUACAAGAACUGUCCAUCCUACAGUGCAGUUAGAGGAGAGAGGGCAAGCCAGCUCACCAUCUACUGAUCCUGGUGUGUCUCAUACCAGAACAACAGCUGCUGUAACGUCUACUGCCAUCCCCAUGCGUGCAAGUAUAACCUCUCCUACUGCAACUCAAAGCAAAAUAAGUCAGUUUUUACCUAAACUGAUGACCCCAGCCAAACAGCACAGUAUUGAUGAUGAGUUGGCUAAAAUGGUAGCUUCUGAUUUUCAACCCUUUUCCAUUGUGGAGGACAAAGGAAUGAAAAACUUUGUCAAAGCCCUAAAUCCCACAUACACUCUACCCAGUAGAAAAACACUUUCCCAAACAAUGAUCCCAAAACUAUAUGACACAGAACGUGCAUUAUGGCAAGAAAGGGUGACAAAAGCUCCAUCAGUUUGCCUGACAACUGACUGCUGGACCUCCAGAACAACCUGCUCUUUCAUGUCUGUCACUUGCCACUUUAUUGAAGAUUACAAGAUGACAUCUUGCCUUCUGGACUGCUUCGAGUUCACCGACAGACACACUGCAGAAAACUUGGCAGUGGAGCUACUAAGAGUGGCAAAAGAGUGGCAAGUAGAGGACAAAGUGGUGUGCUGUGUGAGUGAUAAUGCUGCAAACAUCACCAAAGCCAUAAAAGUUUUGAAGUGGACCCAUCACCCAUGUCUGGCGCAUACACUAAACCUGGUGGUUAGAGAUGCUCUGAAGGUGAUCAAAACAACCGUGGAUAAGGUGAAGGCUGUUGUGGAGUUUUUCCACAAAAGCACAGUAGCAGCACAGAAGCUAAAGUCCACACAGCGCCAAAUGGGGAUUCCUGAACUGAGGCCCAAACAAGAGUGUGCCACCAGGUGGAACUCAACAUUUGAUAUGUUGAAACGAAUGCUUGAAAUAAAAGAUGCCAUCAUCUCCACCCUGGCCCUCAUCAACGCAUCUAUUGAGCCAUUAAGCCAAGAGGAAUGGGAGCUGGUGAAAGAGGUCUGCGCCGUCCUGCAACCAUUCCAGGAGGUGACUGUGGAGAUAAGUGCAGACAGGUACCUAGAACCAUUGAAGCAUUGUUUUCUCUACUACUAUUCAGUCACUAUUAUACAUUGCAAACACAACACAUACAGUAUAAUGCAUCACGUAUAAUAUGCCACAUACUUUUAAAAAACUAAAUUCUAAAAGUUGCUGUUUUCUCUCCUUCAGCUAUGUCACAGCCUCGAAAAUGCUCCUGCUUUGCAAAGGUCUGCAGCUGGUGACAGCCGAGAACCAAUGGACAGUAACUGUGCAGAAAGUGAAGGAAUUAGUUGCAGCUCUUUGUUCAGCCAUGGACCGCAAAUUUCUGCGGAUGGAGUACAACACUGUCCUUUCAGAAACUACCUUAUUGGAUCCAAGGUUUAAAAAACUUGCCUUCAGUGAUCGUAGAGCUGUUGAUGAAGCUCUUCAGAGGAUUAGUGCAGCAGCAGCAGCAAAAUGCACCCCCAGCAGCCAGCCAGCUCCACCAUUACAGGGCCAAGUGGAGGAGGAGCAGCAAACCUCUGCUGUUUGGAGGCUUUUUGAUGACAGAGCUACAGGAGAUGCUUCAAGGAGAAAUCCGACAGCUGAUGCUAUAAUGGAGGUGAGGAGCUACCUUGAGGAGCCCCUCAUCCAGAGAGCAGAAGACCCACUGAGCUGGUGGCAGGCCAAGGCCUCAGUCUUUCCACUCCUGGUGAAGGUGAUGGAGGGGAGACUAUGUAUUGUUGCCACAUCAGUUCCUUCUGAGAGAAUCUUCUCCAAAACAGGGCAGAUACUCACGGAGAGGCGAAAUCGUAUCAGGCCUAUCAGCCCAUCCAAGCUGAGGCAUCUGAUCUUCCUGAAUGCCAACCUGCCCUGAGGACUAAUGCUGUUUGCUGGAGUUUGGUUCUGGUUUUGAUUCUGUUCUGUGGAUUUGUUUGAAGUUUAUUGUUAAUUUGUGCAAUAAAAAAGUUUAAUUGAAAUAAACAAAUGUAAGAGUGGUUUUGUCACAGAAUAAAUGCACAGAAUUAGGCAUUAUAAGGUCUCUCAUAAAAACACUGAAAGCAAAAGGGUUUUCAACACAUAAACCAUGAUUUUUUUUCAAAGUUAAGGUAAAAUAUAGGCUACAAAAGAUCCUAAAUAAAGAGCCGUUCGGGAGUCGAAAGAGCCGGCUCUUCUUUGGGAGCCGAGUCAAAAGAGCCGGCUCUCAGAAAAGAGCCGAACUUCCCAUCAUUACUA